CCCCACGCCCCCCCAUUGUAACAAAGGGCAAGCUGCUCGCAGCAUUGGGCCACGGGGUUGGGAGCCAGUUCGAUCUAUCACUUUCCUGGGGACCGAGGCCGGCAGGACUAACAGUAACGAAGGACCUGCCCUUCCCAGGGCCGGUCCCAGCUCUCCCGGCAGCCUGCGCGCUCCGCCCGCGAGGCGCUGUCACCCGGGCUAGCGCGGAGGGUAAACUCCGGGUCCGGAAGUGGCUUUGCGGUUCCGCCCCUGAAAUCAGCCCUCUUUCCACCUCGAAGACCAGACCUCCGACCGCGAUGUCAGGGCCGCAGGGGCAGGGAAGCCGCGCAACCCUAGGCCUCGCCCAGGCCCACUUCGAGAAGGGCGAGUAUGCGGAGGCCGAGGCGCUGUACUCCGCUUACAUUCGCCAGUGCGCCUGCGCAGCUUCCGCGGGAGCGCCGCCCGGGAGCGAAUGCAGCCCUGAGGAUUUGGCCACUGCGUAUAACAACAGGGGGCAGAUCAAGUACUUCAGGGUUGAUUUCUACGAAGCCAUGGAGGACUACACGUCGGCCAUAGGCGUCCAACCCAAUUUUGAAGUUCCCUAUUACAACCGAGGGUUGAUCCUGUAUAGGCUGGGAUACUUUGAUGAUGCCUUGGAAGAUUUCAAGAAAGUAUUAGACUUAAAUCCUGGAUUUCAAGAUGCGACUUUGAGCUUAAAGCAGACUAUGCUAGACAAAGAAGAAAAACAAAGAAGAAACUAUUGAAAAAUUGAACUUUGAAACAUUAAUUCAUGAUCCAUACAGCUGGCGUCUCACUGUCUCUAGUGUAAAGUAGGUGUUGAGUGAUUUUUAUUUAUAUUUAAGAUAAAAAGCUUCAUACAUGAGCACUAAAAGUUAAAUAGUUGGUUUAAGGUAGUUAAUUUCAGAUUAAGUAUUUAUAUUGAAUAGGUAUGCUUUUUAUAAAGUAUAAAUAAGUAACAACAAUGUAUAAUUAUAUGUGUUCACAGUAAAAUAUGUAAAGAAAUGUGUGAUAUUUUUAGUAAAAUAAUUUUUUGCUAUAUUUUUAGUCCCAAUUUUUUAAUAAAAUUUAUAUCUAUAGAAAAUUUGGAGUAUAAAAUAGUAAACACUCUUUAGAUUCACAAGUCGUUAAAAUUUUCACACUUGCUUUUUCUCUAUAUUUAAAUAUAUAACUUUUUGCUGAACCAUUUGAAAAUAAGUUGCAGACACCAUAAUGCUUUCCCACUAAAUAUUUUAGCCUGCAUCUUCUAAGAAUAGAGACAUCCCCCUUUAUAGCCACAAUGCCAUUAUAAUACCUAAUAAAAUGAACAGUUCUAUAAUGUAAUCCGUACCCGGCCUCAAUUCUAACUUUACCAAUUGUUUCCAAAAUGCAUUGUGUAGAUUUUUAUUCCUGGAUCUGGAGUCAAUCAAAUUACAUUGCAUUUUGUUAUGUC